GUAGAAAUAAAAACACACCAAAACACAGUAGUAGUAAACAUGGCUGCAGAAUUUGGGGAUUUGCGUAGGAAAUUACAACUAACUCAUGAUACAACUGUCAAUAGUUUUCGCAGCAGUUUAAAGGAAAAGCAACAAGAACGUAGAGAACGUUAUGACAGAGAAACGGACUCGUAUUUAGAUACGUUAAGAAGAUUACACGAGGGUAUUCAACAAAGGCGCCUGUUUUCAGAGGACGAAAGUAAAGAAAUAGAAAAUAAAAUUGACGAAGUUGUGGCUAUGGGUGAAAAAGGCCUUUAUAAAAAGCACACAGUAGACAGAGCCCCGCUGAGAAAUAAGUACUUCUUCGGCGAAGGAUAUACCUAUGGUUCCCAGUUGCUGCGCAAAGGGCCGGGAAUGGAGAAGCUAUAUCCUAGGGGCGAAGUUGAUGAAAUUCCCAGCUGGGUUCAUGAUUUGGUCAUAAAGCCGUUAGUCAAAGCAAAGAUUGUUACAGAAGGCUUUAUCAAUAGUGUAGCAAUCAACGACUAUCAGCCAGGGGGAUGUAUCGUUUCUCACAUCGAUCCGGCUCAUAUAUUCGAUCGACCCAUUAUCUCUGUAUCGUUCAUGAGUGACAGUGCACUUAGCUUUGGUUGCAAGUUUAGUUUCAAACCGAUUCGUGUUACAGAUCCUAUUUUAUGCUUACCUGUUUACAGGGGAUGUGUCACUUCUCUCAGUGGAUAUGCAGCUGAUAAUAUUACACAUUGCAUCAGACCCCAAGAUGUUAAGAAACGGCGCGCUGUAAUCAUUCUUCGGAGGGUUUUUCCUGAUGCACCUCGCUUGAGUAAAGCUGAGUUAGCUUUGAUUUCACAGCCAAAGGUGGUGAAUGUGGGAUCUCAGUUUGACUUCAUUGAUGAAAUGUUUGAUCGAAGGAAAAAGUGGAGAAACAGCUUUGACUAUGGCUCUCUUAAGAGUAACUUUAGUGCACAGAAGCGUAAAUUGCAAAGUUCAGUGUCUUGGGCUAAUACUUCCUUAAAAGACAAUCAAGAUGAUGAUAUUGAACCUAGAAAUAAGAGCUUGAAAAAAGAAAUAACAGAAAAAAGGAGUGAUGAUGAUUGACAUUUAAUUGUUGAAAUUUUGCUGUCUUGUUGAAAGAUUUGAACUGUUGCUCUGUAACGUGCAAACAAAUUGAAGCUAUAUUUUUAUCCAGUCCCUGUAAAUAAAUUUGUGAAUAUGUAGAAACAACAAAGUACUGUGUUUUGGGAUUUCGAACAAAAUGCAGGAAAUUUGUAAAUCUGUAUAUAGAUUAUUUUGCCUUAUUGAUACUACAUCAAAUCAAUACUAUGCAAUUUAUAUUUCAUUAUGAAAUUUAACUUGAGUGAGAGUUUGUAUAUGUGUAAAUAUCAGCAGUUGUGUUCUUUGGAACACAGUGUUCAUGGUGAUACCUUUAUUCAUGAAGACUUUAAGUGAUAAUAGUAUUUAUAUUAAUCUUUCGGCCUGAAAGGAUUUUGAAAUUGUCUGUUUUUAAGGCAUGAAAUUGAAGUUGAGUAAGAUCAAUUUUAGGUAUAUUCUUUUUCCUUGUUACAAAUCAUAAAUGUUUUGAUUUUAAAUUUUUUCCUUGUUGAAUCAGCUUUGUUAGACAUAGUUUUAGAGUAAUUUGUCUUUUUGCUGACCAGGUUGUUUUUCAUAUUUUGGAACAUGUUUUUUUAAUAGACUGAAACAUUUUAAAAAUUUUCACAUUAAUCCUUCAAUAUUUACUUUUAAGUAAUGUUGGAUUGUAUUUGAAAUCCUCAUCAGAAAUAUAGUAAUAAAUCAAAUAUCAAAAUUGAUAUAGAGUGUAAAGUUCUAGUCUUGAGGAAUAUUUCACUGUACUUACAAUAUAAUUGCUUGCUUGUAAAGUAACUUCACUAGUUGUUUUGUUUGAUUAAUUUUAAUGUUAAGCUAAUACCGGGUUUCCCAUCAACUGUUAGGUGAUUUUUCUUUAAACUAUAUGUUUCAUUUUAUUGCAUGUUUUAACGAAAACUACAUGUUUUGAUCUGUAUUUAAAAGCUGAAUCUGAAGCAAAACGUUAUUAUUAUUAUUCUUUGUAAUUAAUGUUCCUAUUUUAUGUUUCUUUUGAGUCAUUUUUGUAUUCCCAGUGCCUAAAAUAUACAAACAAGAAUAUUGUAAUGCAUAAACCAUUGUUUAAAACUUAUCAUCCCACUGUUCAUGGGAUACCCUAUUGAAAGGCUUCUAUAGAACAAAACAAGGGAUGGGGGUGAAUGUUGGUCAACCUUUUGGCUGAAGAGCAAGAAAGGUUGGUUGAUCUUUAAAAAAAAGAUUAAAUUAUGGGCACACUUUUUAAAACUAUAAGCUAAGGCAUAAGAGUUUUUAUGUUUAAUGUCAAUAUUUUAAAUGUUUUGCAUAAUUCUUUUAAGUUUUUGAUGCAAAUGUAAAGUAUUGUAAUAAUGAUAGCUGAUUAUUUUGAGUGUGAUUGGUCAUUGUUUGCUCUGUAGAAGCCUGUAAUUUUUAUUUCACCGAGCCAAAUAGGUGUUAUAUGCAACAAGCAAUUGUUGGCAUGAUUGCUUUCAUUUCAAAGUAUUUCGGAAACUCAUAAUUUAUUUGAAACAUUGUCAUUUUCAUCAUAAAUGUGUCUGUGUUUGAAUUUAUUUUAAAGAAGUUAUUUCUCAAUAAUUGAACUUAGUUGCUUGUCCAGAAUAGCCAACAUUUCCUCUCUAAAUGGUGCUUACAUAUAAGAGAUGAAAUGAUGUACAUAAUGCUUCAGAAUAUUCAAGAUUUGUUUAUUCUCGGGUUGUUUUGCGAUGUUUUAUGCCUAAAGCGUAGGACAGAAGAAGAUAUUUUAACCAUGGAAUGUUGCUCAAGCACUUAUUUUUAUUUGAAGUGUUUUAUGCUGCAGAACUUUUGUAGUUAUUUUUAAAUCCAUUAUUGAAUUAAGUUAUAAUUACAAAAUAAUAUUACUUUUAGCCUUACAAACAACUGCUUGUCUGCAAAUAGUUCUUAAAAAAUACAGUUUCUUUGUGGAAUUGCAAGCUAUUGAUUUUAAAAUGAUUUAUGUUCACACAUUUAAAUUGAAAAGUUCAAUAAAAAUUUUCAAUUUGC